CCUCACUCCGCUGUCUGAGCUCCGUGAGGCGGAUCAGCGGCCAGCGGAGCACCGACAGUUCUGCGGCGGGCGGAUUAGCCGUGGAGGAUUCACCGGGAGGAGACAAGAAUCUGCUGUUGGGAGAACCAGGUCUGAGGUCAGAGAAGGCGGCCCCAUCAGUGGACAGAGAUGAUGUCCAUGCAGAUGAGUGAGGCAGACAGCGUGGUUAAGGUUGCUGAGUGGCAGCAGACUUACUACUCAUCAGAUUCAGGGAUUCAGUCCGGAGCGACGACAGUCCGUGACGACGAGAGCAGCACUGACUACAGUGGGCGUAAGAAGUACACAUCUACAAACAGUACCACAGGUGGACCUGCUGCUGCGACCGCGGGGGGUGGAGACUCAGCAGGGGGCGGAGCAGAGAGCCCCACAGAUUUAGACGCUCAGUUCUCGCUCACGCGGGCUCAGCGUGUCCGAGCCGCCAUGUUUCCAGAGACCCUGGUGGAGGGGGAAGCAGCCAUGCCCAUCCAAUCAGAUCCCACACAGCAGAGCAAUGUGCAGCGAUUGGCUGAACCCUCCCAGCUGUUAAAGACUGCAAUCGUCCACCUGAUAAACUACCAGGAUGAUGCCGAGCUUGCCACCAGGGCGGUGCCAGAGCUCACCAAGCUGCUGGGAGACGACGACCCGCUUGUGGUGAACAAGGCCGCCAUGAUUGUCAAUCAGCUGACUCGCAAAGAGGCCAGUCGCCGUGUGUUGGUCCAGUCUCCCUCUAUGGUGGGCGCCGUGGUGCGGGCCAUGACAACGGCGGUCGACAUGGAGACGGCGCGGUGUGCAGCCAGUGUGCUUCACAGCCUGUCGCAUCAGAGGGAGGGGCUUAUGGCCAUCUUCCAAUCAGGAGGGAUCCCUGCUCUGGUCCGCAUGCUCAGUUCUCAGGUGGAGUCGGUCUUAUUUUAUGCCAUCACCACUCUACACAACCUCCUGCUUCACCAGGAAGGAUCCAAGAUGGCGGUGCGUCUGGCUGACGGCCUGCAGAGAAUGGUUCCUCUCCUGAAGAAGAGUAACCCAAAGUUCCUCGCCAUCACCACCGACUGUCUGCAGUUGCUGUCCUACGGGAACCAGGAGAGCAAGCUCAUCAUCUUGGCCAAUGCCGGUCCAGAGGGUCUGGUGUUCAUCAUGAGGAACUACAACUACGAGAAGCUGCUGUGGACGACGAGCCGAGUCCUAAAAGUGCUGUCAGUGUGUCCGAGCAACAAGCCAGCCAUCGUGGAGGCUGGUGGGAUGCAGGCUCUGGGCCAACACCUCACAGGCUCCAGUCAGCGUUUGAUUCAAAACUGUCUCUGGACUCUACGCAACCUUUCAGACGCUGCAACCAAACAGGAGGGUCUAGAUGGUCUGCUGCAGAUCCUGGUCACCCAGUUGGGCUCUGAUGAUGUCAACAUGUUGACGUGUGCGACCGGCAUAUUGUCCAACCUCACGUGUAACAACUCACGCAACAAGACUCUGGUGACUCAGUUCGGUGGUGUGGAGGCUUUGAUUCAUGCCGUGCUACGUGCCGGAGAGAAAGAGGACGUUGCUGAACCGGCAGUAUGCGCCCUACGUCACCUGACCUCCCGCCAUCAGGAUGCUGAGCUGGCCCAGAAUGCAGUGCGGCUUCACUACGGUAUCCCAGCUGUUGUCAAACUGCUGUCACAACCACACUACUGGCCUGUAGUGAAGGCUACAGUUGGUCUGAUCAGGAACCUUGCACUUUGUCCAGCCAAUCAGUCACCACUGAGGGAGGCCGGAGCUAUCCCGCGAUUGGUCAACCUGCUGCUUAAAGCUCAUCAGGACACACAGAGACACGCCUCCUCUGCUCAGCAAACAUACCAGGAUGGGGUUCGUAUGGAGGAGAUCGUCGAAGGUUGUACGGGAGCUCUUCAUAUUCUGGCAAGAGAUCCGAUAAACAGAGGCGAGAUCUCCAGCAUGCAGACCAUUCCUCUGUUUGUUCAGUUGUUGUACUCGUAUGUAGAAAAUGUGAAGCGUGUGUCGGCCGGCGUGCUGUGCGAGCUCGCUCUCGAUAAACAGUCUGCAGAGCUGAUCGACGCUGAGGGGGCGUCGGCUCCGCUCAUGGAGCUGCUGCACUCCAACAACGAAGGAAUUGCCACGUACGCCGCCGCUGUGCUGUUCAGGAUCUCAGAAGAUAAAAGUUCAGAUUACAGGAAGAGAGUCUCCGUGGAGCUCACACACUCGCUGUUCAAACACGACCCUGCAGCCUGGGACAUGACUCACUCCGUUCCUCUGGAGGCUGCAUAUCUGACCGACGAAUUGGACGGUUCUUAUCCCCCCUAUGGAUACUCUGACCUGCCUCUGGACACAUUGCCACUCGACCCCGACAUGCACGAGUCCUACAUCCCUGAUAUGACCUUUGACCCCAGACAGGCCUACCCUGAACCACUUUAGCAGGAGAAUCAAACAGAAACGCUGAAAGAAAAGAUGAAACCAGAGACUCACUGAACCAAGAAGAAGGAGACGAGGAGGUUUAAAUCACACCUUUCUGAUGGGAGAAAAAUCCCUUUUGGAAAUGAAGAACUUUGCAAACAGUUUGCUGGAUCAAAAGAGGUUAACUGUUAUCAUAUGUUUUUGUGGGGGGUUUGGGUCUGAAGUCUGGAGGCGUUGUUACACGGGUAACUUUUUCAAGCAAUCAAAUGGGGCAGAAAAGCCUUAAAUUUUAAUGUGUGAACAUUUGAUCUGUGAUGGAUUAACGAUUUAAAGAAAACCAGCUGAAGUGAAACAGCAUCAGUGUUCAGGUGUGACAUAAUGCCUGUUAUUAUAUUAGCUGUGAUAAACAGGGUCGUUCUUUUUUUAAAUCUCUCACAUUAGUGGAUUAAAAAUUCCAUCGUAUUAAAGUCCCUGAUUAUCGGAUUCUUGGACUACAAAAACACAAACUAAAAACUACAGAUUAGCUUCACUGCUCCUCCUCUCUGCUAACAGAUGCUCGCGUGUGUUUCGGUGUGUCCCAUGUGUGUUGGAACAUGUUCAGGGUGUCGCUGUGCUUGUUGCAUGGAACUUUAUCGUGUAAUCAUUGACGUUUUUCACCUUCAUAACUGAAAAAAGGAUAUCCCAGUUUUACACGCCAUCCUGGAUUACAGCAAACCUUGCUGGACUACAAAUCCCACUGGGUUUACUGAAAAAAUAAUCUAUCUGGUGUACAGAUAAAGGACUACAACUCCUUUUGGCAACAAACUACAAAUCCCUCUGUGUUCGAGUCAACCCCGGUUUGACGUCUGUGUCAGGACUGGAUAGAACAUCUGGAAUCAGCUGGUCACACAUUUAUAAAUAAACAGUCAUAAAUAUAUAAAGAGUCAUCAAUCCACAUUUAUAUCUGUAUGUUUAUAAAUCUACAUUUAUAUCUGUGUGUUUAUAAAUCUACAUUUAUGUCUGUAUGUUUAUAAAUCUACAUUUAUAUCUGUAGAUGAAUCACAGUAUGUUUGUAACUGUUCUAUCACUGUGCUGGAAGAGAACCCUUCUGGGCUUUAUUUGUUCAUAUAAACAUGUUAAUAACUGUUAUUGUGGGUGUGUGUGUGGGGGGGGGUGUCACCCUAACCUUUGAUGUGUGUGUGGGGGGGGUGUUUCAACCUAACCCUCGGUGUCUGAAUUGAAAGUGAAACUGAGCCUCUUUUGUUUCUGCAUCAAAUCUUCUUCAUCGUGAAAAAGCACAAAGAACGAAUCAACAGACUUGAAAAAAUAAACAGUUAUACUUUUAUUAAAUCUGAACGUCAUUAAAUUUUAUCAUUUUCAAAUA